AUGUCGUCACUGGUCCCUGACAUUGCUGACGCACAGCCGGCACUCAGAGCCCAGACGCGCAAGGAUGUUCCCGUGCCCCCACAAGAUACACAGACGAGUUCCUGCAGGGUGACUCUGCCAGAUUUCAGCCAGCGGCAAACCCAGCGGCGGCAGGAACUCGGAGCGCUCCCUAACCUCGCGGGGCAGCGGGGACCCAGCGCCCUGGCCGCCUGGGCGCCCCGGCAGGGCGCGCGCCAGGUCCCAGGCCGGCGCGGGGCCCCAGGACCCGUAUCUUCUUCGUCUUGGGUAUCCUGCUGCCGGUCCCAGCUGCCUCAGCCACGACCACCGAGCAGGACCGAAUUCACCGCAAUUAGCCGCCCCUCUGGGAAGUGCAGCCCCUGGAAAGGGUUGUGUCCACCAGGAUCCCAUGUGUCAGAAGACAGUAGAGAUUGUACACCGUGCACAAAUGGAGCGGGUCACACAGUCAUUCAGACGCCUGCCCUGCUUGUUGACUUUGUAGGUUCCCUGUGCCUGUGGGGUCUUCUGAGCCUGCGGCGACGCUCGUCAUCCAUCGGCGUGCCCCCACCCUGGCCCCUGCAGUGUCCCCUUCCCCGAUCUCACAACGUGUUUGCCCUGCGGCCGGCCGAUGGGAUGGUUGAGGCCAGUCCCUGUACCCCCUGGAGUGACCUCAAGUGUGUCCACCAAGGAUCAGGUACCCAGGCCAGUGGGGAGGCCCCGGUUCCUGGAGAGCCAGUGACCGUGGGGCUACCCACUACUCCCUCUCGCUCCUCAGGCAAUCCAUGGCCGGUGAUCGGGAUUGUAGUAGGGGCUGUGGCUGUCCUGCUGCUGGGGCUGACUGUGUAUCUUUACCGGAGGCGCAUCCUUCAAGGUGAGGUGGGCGGGGAGGCGCUGACGCUCUCUGCCUCCCUCACUCCCCGCUUUGUUUCUCCCGACAGAAGGGCCCUCCCCUCCAACUCCCGAACCCCCUGGUCUUUCUGGUCUCGCUCUGAUCUUGUUCCUGUCAUCUCCCUCCAUCUCCCACCUCACCUGCACCUCACGAGGGCCGAGAUCACAUCAGUGCCCUCUUCUUGGGGUUGUGAAGUGGACGCCAACUGCAUGAACAGAGUCUUUUUCUGGCGCUCCUGUCCCCCAAGAGGACCUGAGGCUCUGGACAACGCCUACAACAAGACCCUGAACAACAGAGAGUCGUCGUCCACCCUGGUUUCUGAGCAGGAACUGGAAGGCCAGGAGCAGGCAGAGCCGACAGGUGUCAGCGCACAGUCCCCAGGGGAAGCAGAGCGUCUGCUGGGACCUGCAGGAGCUGAAGGGUCUCAGAUGAGAAGGAGGCUGCUGGUUCCAGCCAACGGUGCAGACCCCACUGAAAGGGCAGGUGUGGCAGUCCUGGGAUGUCCCUCGCAUGGUGGGCACACCCUGAGCGGGUUCCCUCCUCUGAGGACCUUUUCCCCCCUGUCUGUCUCACACCACAAGCUGUUCAUGCAGCACAUGAGCUUCAUGGACAGUGAGCUCCCUGUGUCCAGAGCUGGAGCCUCGGGCCCACAGGAUGCCCUGUGUGAAAUACCGGUGACCUGGCUCAACAGUACGGGGCGAGGUGCCUCAGUUAGCACCCUGCUGGAUGCCGUGGAAACCUGGGAGGGAAGGAGAAACACAAAGGAGACAAUUCAGGACCACCAGGUCCCAUGGUGUGCCCCUCCCUUUGCUGAAAGACGUAGGUGUUUCCUGCCUUCGCCGGCCCUUCAGUGCAGGACGCCCGCCCGUGCAUCUUUAGGUGGAGAUAGGAGCGAUACUUGGUCACGUUUCAGCAAACUGGUGCCUUUCUCAGAGGACUUCCCUAAGCGCCCAGUAAAGUGUCAUGUGUAUUCAUGUGUUCAUAUGUCUACUGUGUGUCUUGUACCAGAGGGAAUCUUCAUGGAGGCCUGAAAUGGUCUUCUUAUUGCUUUAUCCCCAGUACAAAACUUUUAAGUUUUACUUAAUGGGUGGGGAUCCUUUCAAGCUUCUCCCACUGGGAAGACUCCUUCUUUGAAGAGCUUGUUGGAAAUAUCAAAGAAUACGAGGAAG